CUGAUUGAGCGGCGGCUGCUGUAUCUCGAGUGCACGAAUGACCAGCGCUGUGAUAUGGGGAGUGAUUUGAGGUUUUGUCGGGGGAGUGUAAAACUGCUGAUGCAAGGACGGAGAGAGCACAUUGAGUGCGACUCGCGGCCGGGCCUGGGGUGUCUGAUCUACGGCAGCAGCACGUGUCCGCACGCGAGGAAGAUAACGGCGCGGGUCAAGAAGUGGAUGCGCAUGCACUCCAGCGCAGAACGAACGCGGUGGGGGUUAUUUCUUGCGUCACUGGUGCCGCCGCUUGUUAGGUGGGUGUGGAUGCUUGGGGUCAUGACUCGGGAUGUCCUCAUUCGAAUCGUUUGA